UGCGCGGCAGCGGAGAGCGAGGCCUGGUGAGCGCCGCCGUGGUGCGCGCCGGCUGGUCAAGGUUGUGCGCAGAAGAGGCGCAGCGGGCGGGCAAAGAGCGAGCGUCUCACCCUCGUAGUGGCACCGGGACCGGUCGCCUGGAGCCGAAAUCAUGUCCACGCCAGGAAAAGAGAACUUUCGCCUGAAAAGUUACAAGAACAAAUCUCUGAAUCCUGAUGAGAUGCGCAGGAGGAGGGAGGAAGAAGGACUGCAAUUACGGAAGCAGAAAAGAGAAGAGCAGUUAUUCAAGAGAAGAAAUGUUGCUACAGCAGAAGAAGAAACAGAAGAAGAAGUUAUGUCUGAUGGUGGCUUUCAUGAGGCCCAGAUAAAUAACAUGGAGAUGGCACCAGGGGGCGUCAUUACUUCUGACAUGACUGAUAUGAUAUUCUCGAAUAGCCCAGAACAGCAGCUUUCUGCAACACAGAAAUUUAGGAAACUACUUUCAAAAGAACCUAAUCCUCCUAUUGAUGAAGUCAUCAACACACCAGGAGUAGUGGCCAGGUUUGUGGAGUUCCUCAAACGAAAAGAAAAUUGUACACUGCAGUUUGAAUCAGCUUGGGUCCUGACAAAUAUUGCUUCAGGAAACUCUCUUCAGACCCGGAAUGUGAUUCAGGCAGGGGCUGUGCCUAUCUUCAUCGAGUUGCUUAGCUCAGAGUUUGAAGAUGUCCAGGAGCAGGCAGUCUGGGCUCUUGGCAACAUUGCUGGAGAUAGUACCAUGUGCAGGGACUAUGUCUUAGACUGCAAUAUCCUUCCUCCUCUUCUGCAGUUAUUUUCAAAGCAAAACCGCUUGACCAUGACCCGGAAUGCAGUAUGGGCUUUAUCUAAUCUCUGUAGAGGGAAGAGCCCACCUCCAGAAUUUGCUAAGGUUUCUCCCUGUCUGAAUGUCCUUUCUUGGUUGCUGUUUGUCAGUGACACUGAUGUACUGGCUGAUGCUUGCUGGGCCCUCUCAUACCUAUCAGAUGGACCCAAUGAUAAAAUCCAAGCAGUCAUCGAUGCAGGAGUAUGCAGGAGACUUGUGGAGCUUCUGAUGCAUAAUGAUUAUAAAGUGGUUUCUCCUGCCUUGCGGGCUGUGGGAAACAUUGUCACAGGGGAUGAUAUUCAGACACAGGUAAUUUUGAAUUGCUCAGCUCUUCAGAGUUUAUUGCAUCUGCUGAGUAGCCCAAAGGAAUCUAUCAAAAAAGAAGCAUGUUGGACAAUCUCUAAUAUUACUGCUGGAAAUAGGGCACAGAUCCAGACUGUGAUAGAUGCUAACAUGUUCCCAGCUCUUAUUAGUAUACUGCAAACAGCAGAGUUCCGGACAAGGAAGGAAGCUGCUUGGGCCAUCACAAAUGCAACUUCUGGAGGAUCAGCUGAGCAGAUCAAGUACCUAGUAGAAUUGGGUUGUAUCAAGCCACUCUGUGAUCUCCUCACUGUCAUGGAUGCAAAAAUUGUACAGGUUGCCCUAAAUGGCUUAGAAAACAUCCUGAGGCUUGGAGAACAAGAAGCCAAAAGAAAUGGCUCAGGCAUUAAUCCUUAUUGUGCUUUGAUUGAGGAAGCCUAUGGUCUGGAUAAAAUUGAGUUCUUACAGAGUCAUGAAAACCAGGAGAUCUAUCAAAAGGCUUUUGAUCUUAUUGAGCAUUACUUUGGGACCGAAGAUGAGGACAGCAGCAUCGCACCCCAGGUUGACCUUAGCCAGCAGCAGUACAUCUUCCAGCAGUGUGAGGCUCCUAUGGAAGGCUUCCAGCUUUGAAGCAAUCCUCUGCUUUCUUGUUCCUGUGUCAGACCAGGCUACCCAGUCAAGUCCUCUUGUGGAGCCCACAGUCCUCAUGGAGCUAAUCUCUCAAAUGUUUUCCAUAAUACUGUUUGCGCUCAUUUGCUUGCCUUGCGCACCUGCUCUCUUACACACAUCUGGAAAACCUCUGGCUCUUUGUGGUGGAAUACCCUUUUAUCAUGAGGGUAAACCAGAACGGCCCACUCUCUUAUGGAAAAAUCCCUAAGCUUUGGAGAUCCGCACUUAUAUUAGAGUCAUGGGAAUAUAUACACAUACUAAUGUGGCUCCCUUUUUUGUGGGGGAAAAAAGAGGACUCUUCCUCAUUCCAUAAAGUGGGGAAAAAUGACAUUAAAAGAUAAAACUAAAACCUUUAUCUUGAAUUUUACACAACUACUUGGACAAGGGAGAUAUUUAGACUUGUGUAUACGUCAGAGUACUCUUCUUGAGUUCUUCCACAGUGAAUCAACCCUUGGAGUACCUGGUGGCUUUUUCUAGCCACAUUUGCAUUAAUCUUUAUUGAGAUGGGAUGGUUUUCUUUCCUCUAAUGGAGUCAUUUUCUUCAGAUAUUAAAGUUAAACCAUCCAAUCCCUCACCUUCAGCCUUCAGUGAAUGUGCUUCUAGUUGUCAGGAAUGCUGAAGAAUUAACACUUUGACUUUUAAAUGUGAUCCUAGGUUGGCGUAUUUCCUUAAAGCAGGAAGGAGAGAAGCAUAUAUUAGUUUGUAUGGCUUUUGCUUCUCUUUGGUUUUGUUUCUUAGGAUUUGGAAGUGGUUCAGUUUUAACGCUGGUAUGAAGGCUAAAAGUCCUUAAGUAAAACCAUGUUCUAAAAUUCAAUUCAGGAGUAAGAAGAACACAAAACCCAUCACUUUCUUUAAACCAGUGUGACUAGAGGCUGUGUUUCUGCAUUACAAAAGAUACUCAGGCUUUGUGGUCCUGAUCAAGGCCCUGGUAAAUUGGAGUUCACCCUAGGUGCUUUUCCUAUUUGUGACUGGCAGAUAACACAUAUUUAAAUGUUACUUAGGGAUUUUUUUUUCCUUUGUUGAGUGCAGCUCAAUUCUAAUGUAAUGCUGCAUACAUGCUCUUACAGUGCAGCGCCCUUAUCUUUAAAAGCAUAGUAGUCUCCUCAGUGUGACCUCUAGACUAAAAGGGCAGUGAUCGAAUAACCUCAGUAUCCCCUGAUUUUAUUUCAUCUCCUACUAGUACCCUACCUCCCCUAGGAAGAAUAUGCCCACCUCCUGCUUAUUUAAUGAUGACUGUAAUGUACCUGCAAAUGGCGCUUCCAGUACUGUGUUCACUGACCCACAUUUGUGCUUGGACUAGAAGGUGAAAAAAAACAAGAAAAAAGGGUAAUUGCCAAGAGAACUGCAAAUGAGUUCUAUGUGACUUCUCGGUGCUAGUUGGCCAUCUUGGCUCAAUGUUGGGACACACUAUCAGAGAGGAGUCUUUCUUUUUUCUUCUUUCUUUUUUUAAAUGAUAUUCUUUCCAAAAUGAAUUCUGAAGGAAAAGUUGCUCAUGUCUGUUUCAGAGCAUACCCUUUUAAAUCUUUUUAGACUACUCUUCUAGAAUUCAUCAUAACCCCCAAAUAAAUAAAAGCUAUCUAGAAGUUGCCCUGACAAGCUUUUGCACAUCUCUGGUAAAUCCUGCUGAAUGUAAGGAAUAUUCAGAGCGUUCAUACCUCAUCAUGAUGUUAUUGAAGCAGCCAACUUAUAUGACCUGAUUUACUUUGAAAAAUCUGUUUCAUUCAAACUAGAAAGUUCCAGAGACAAAGGACAUUUCUCAGCCAAGAAUGUGAUGCAUUCUUGCCCUAGUCUUUACUUGUGUCUGCUCUGGGAUGGAUGCCGUCUGAUGUCUGUUAUUGAUGGAGCAGACACUUCAAAACUAGUCACCUCUCAUCUGUCCUGUUGUUUUCUAGUGCUGCUUUGUGCUGAGAGAACAUGUUAGUUUACUGAACUUGACCUGUACAAGACUGAUUCCUUGUAAUUUUAGGGGAUAAAUUAGGUGGUUAAUUUAAAGAUGAACUUUCAAUGUUGCCUUUACAUCACACCACAAUAUCACUUCCCUGAGAGGGGUAAUAGAAGCACUGAUCAUAGUAAAACCUUGUUUCUAGCUAUGACUUUUCUUGUGGCUGAUUUCUUUUUAAAUUGUAAAUUACUGGUAACAUGUUAUUUCUAUAGAAUGUUUUAAAUUAUGUACCUUCUACUGCAUAGUUAAAAACUUUGCAUCUUAUCAAGGAGUUUGAAUGAAAAGAAAUACAAAGCACACAGAGUUGUCACCCCAUCUUACCAAGAGCAUACAGCUGGAACUUUCGUAGCAAUAUCAGGGUGGCCCAGUGAGUUCAGAUCCAUUCAUCAGUGUGAGCUCUGUUAUCUUAAGCCUGAUCAGAGGUUCAUGAACUUUAAAUAUCCUGAACUUUGUUUUUAUAGUACAGUGAUUAUUUAAGUGUAAACAUUGGCAUUAGUUAAACCCCAGCAAAUUCAGAUGUUCUGGAGCUGAGUACUUACAAAGCAGACUUUUUUGUUUUUUUAAUGCAAGUGGAAUUUUAGGGGGUACUUGUAAAUCCUAUUUUUAGUCUUUCACCUGGCAAAAUCUAUUAAUUUAGUUUAAUCUUUUGAAUAUUUUUAUCAGAAAGGUGUUACUUAUUACAGAAGCAUGCUAGUAUUUAUAACACAAAACCUCUUAAGGAUUUUAGAUAGUGAUCAGGGCAAAGUGGCUUUGUUGUUUUCCUUCCCUGUCUCCCUCCAGACUUUCCAAGUAUGUAUUUUAUACUGAAAACUUUGAUUAAAAAAAAAGCGUUCAGAGAAUUUGGGAUGUAGGCACCAGAAGGUCAGUACAAUCGGGUGGAGGAAUAACCCGGAACGUACAGAUGCUGGAUAUAGAACGCAUUUAGGAGACUUGUCUGUGCGACACUUGUUCUUGCCACCAGUCAAAGCCGUCUUUAGAUUGCCCUCAUUAGCCCACUGCUGGAAACUUGGCUGCACUAGGGUUGUUUCUUCCACAUACCAGACAAAGCUGUUGGACUCCCGGUGGUUUUCAGCCUUACUGUCCUAUAAUAAAUCUGAGUUAUUCCAGUUGCUGCUGACUAUGCCUAAGAAAACAUAUGUAAGUAUAAUUUGUCAACCAAAUUCUGUUGUACAUGACUACCUACCGGCAACUUUGAUUGAUUUCUGUAGUGCUAAAUAAACAUUUCAGCUGUCUGACCCCAAACAUGGGGCUGUAUUGUA